AUGCCGAUUGCUCUCCUCAAGUUUCCAAUAGAUCUUCUUCGAGAUAUUUUCAAACUCUGCGAUCCGUUUGAAUUUGCCAAUCCAGCGGACACCGUGGUACAUCAUUACUAUAUAAGAGUUCGACGAUACUGA